AUGCGACCUUUUCCAUCUCGAGGUUUAAAUCCGGCUAGAGAAAAUUUCAAUGAUCAUUUAUCAAGAGCGCGUAAAUGCAUAGAAUGUACUUUUGGAAUACUACGGGCAAAAUGGAGACUUCUUGGAAAGGAUAUAGAAGUCAGUUCUCAAAAAGCUAUUGUAAUAAUAAAAUGUAUGUGCAUAUUACACAACGUCAUCAGGGAAAAAGAUGGAGAUAGUGAUUUGGACUACUGUAAUAUUAUGUUGGGUUCACAAACCGUUUGGGAAGAUGAAAUCACAGAUCGACGAGCAAGAGGCGCAAAUACUUUACAACAGGCAAAAGAAAUAAGAAAUACAUUUAUGAACUAUUUUUUAAAUACUUAA